AUGAACUUCAACUCCAAGCGCCUGAUUUUCAUUCUAUUCUCGAUUUCUUUAUCCUGGGCUGAUAUAAUUUCAGAUAUAAUCUACACAAGGAAAAUUGAAGACCCCACAACUUACGAUGCUUUGGUUGCAUUUAUUGUAAUUCAGCCUUUAUCUUACUUAUUCUAUUUUUGGCUUUAUUUAAUAGUUUCUCAGAUUUUUGGAGACUUAGAUCUAGGUUUACUGAAUUUUAUACCUGUUCACCAAGAAUAGCCUACUAAGGGAUAUUUUUUGGUUCGCCAUUCUUAAAUUUGUUUAGCCAGAAAAUAUGGCAUGCCAACGAAUUUGGCAGCCAGCUUUGUCCGGCCAACCAAAAAAUGCUCCUUAAUGGGCUAUUCUUGGUAAAUAAGCAUAUAUUUUUCUUUUAUAUUUAGAGCUCCUAUAUACAUGAUUAUUGCUGAGUUUAAACUUAUGCUAACAUUUCUCCAUAAAAUAACUCUUUGUAAGGAAACAGAAGUUUUUGGGGACCGAAUCAAGCAAGAUUUCAUAACAUUUCUGAUUAUUCAAUCAAUAUUUGAAAGCUUGCCAAUGGCAAUUCUGCAGAUUUUAACAAAUUUUGAUUUAGGGCUGUGGGAUAGUGUUUCUAUUGUGAGUCCAGCUAUAUCAUUAUGUAUGGUCUUUCAUGGAUUUUUUUGUUUAGACGUUGUGAGGAGAAUGAAUUUAGGAGGAUUAGAGUGAAUACAGCUGAAUAAAAAGAAGCUACAUUUUUUCUCAAUGGCACAUGUGAGGACUGCAACAGGAGACUCUUCAGCUUCUCUUGCAAUUAACUAA